GCGGGGAGCAGCGUUGCAACAUUAGGCAAAGGGGCGGUCGCCGCGUUCCAUCCGGUUCGUCGAGGGUUCGGGCUGGGACGAUGUUCUACCACAUCUCAUUGGAACAUGAAAUUCUGUUGCACCCACGUUACUUUGGACCCAACCUUCUCAACACCGUGAAACAAAAACUCUUUACAGAGGUGGAAGGGACCUGCACUGGCAAGUACGGCUUUGUCAUCGCCGUAACCACCAUUGACAACAUUGGGGCGGGCGUGAUUCAGCCGGGACGCGGCUUCGUCCUUUACCCCGUCAAAUACAAAGCGAUUGUCUUCCGGCCUUUCAAAGGCGAGGUGGUGGAUGCUAUUGUGACUCAGGUGAACAAGGUUGGCCUCUUCACCGAGAUCGGACCCAUGUCUUGCUUCAUUUCCCGACAUUCAAUUCCUUCAGAAAUGGAGUACGAUACUAACUCCAAUCCGCCGUGCUACAAGACUGUGGAUGAGGAUAUUGUCAUUCAACCAGAGGAUAAUAUCAGAUUGAAGAUUGUGGGGACGCGGGUGGACAAGAACGAUAUAUUUGCCAUUGGGUCACUGAUGGAUGACUAUCUGGGUCUCCUGAACUGAAGACCCAUCUCUGUUCUUGCUUGGUUCAUCUCCAUCUCCAUGGAGGAAAGGUUGGCUGGCUGCUGUGUUAGGGGAAGGGGUGACCAUUUCCAGCAUCCCAUGUUAGCCGGGAGCGUUUUUGAAGGGCCGCUGGUCUUCCGCCUCCCCUGUUGUUUUCUGCAUUAAUUGAGUGUCUGUGUCAGCCCCCUUUUUCAGUCAUUAAAUAUUUUCCUGUUCUGUC